GCCUCGGCUUCUACCCGGCGGCGGCGAGCGCCGCGGACAACACACAGGCCAGAGCGGGGCUCCCUUCAAGAGCCGCAGACGGGAGUCGGAAGCCAUUGCGGCCGCAGCUACAACGGCACACGGAUGGCUCCCUCGUCGUCCCCCCCUGCCGGCAAGGCGCUCCUCGCUUGCCCUCUACUGCUUGCCGUCCUGGCGGGCCUCGCCAGCUCGCAGCACCAGUACUACCACCAGCCCCAGGGCCAACCUUCGCCCCGGGGCUCGUGCUACGACCUGUACAACCGCGCCCAGCGCUGCAUCCCCGAGUUCGUCAACGCAGCGUUCAACGUGCGCGUCGAGGCGACCAACACGUGCGGCCUGCGCGGUCCUACCAAGUACUGCCCGCAGACGGACGUGCAGGGCGCCACCAAGACCUGCGAGGUCUGCGACGCCUCCAAGCCGCACUUGGCGCACCCGGCCGACUACCUGACCGACUUCAACAACAACGACAACACGACCUGGUGGCAGAGCGAGACCAUGCUCGAGGGCAUCCAGUACCCGAACCAGGUCAACCUUACUCUGCACCUUGGACGCGCCUUCGACAUCACGUACAUCCGGCUCAAGUUCCACUCGAUGCGACCCGAGAGUUUCGCCAUCUACAAGCGGACGCGGCCGGACUCGCCGUGGGUGCCGUACCAGUACUACAGCUCGACCUGCUCCGACACGUACGGCCUGCAGUCGAGCGCGUACGCGACGCGUGACGACGAGACCCGGGCGCUGUGCACGGGCGAGUACAGCGACCUCUCCCCGCUGUCGGGAGGCAACGUGGCCUUCUCGACGCUCGAGGGCCGACCGUCGGCCUUCCACUUCCAGCACAGCAAGCUGCUGCAGGAAUGGGUAACAGCCACCGCCAUCCGCAUCGUGCUCACUCGGCUCAACACGUUCGGCGACGAGAUCUUCGGCGACAAGCAGGUGCUGCGCUCCUACUACUACGCCAUCGCUGACUUGGCUGUCGGAGGAAGGUGCCAGUGCAACGGCCACGCAAUGGCCUGCGAUCCGGGACCCGGCGGCGAGCGUCAGCUGCUGUGUCGCUGCGAACACCAUACGGCUGGCGACAACUGCGAGCGCUGCAUGGACCUGUACAACGACCAGGCAUGGGGCAGGGCCACCUCCACCAACGCCCACGAGUGCCAGCCGUGCAACUGCAACGGCCGGUCGCGCAAGUGCUACUUCGACCAGGAGCUGUUCGAGCGCACGGGCCAUGGCGGCCACUGCGUCAACUGUUCGGACAACACGGAUGGCCCCAACUGCGAACGCUGCCGCGAGAACUACUACCAGAACAGCGACGGCCGGUGCAUACCCUGCGAGUGCGACCCCGUCGGCUCCCGGAUGCUCCAGUGCAACAGCAAGGGCCAGUGUCCUUGCAAGCCGGGCGUCGAAGGGCACCGUUGUGACCGUUGCGCUCCAAACUUCUACGAUUUCUCUGAACAAGGCUGCAGGCUGUGCGGCUGCAGCCAGGCAGGCAGCGUGGACAGCCCGCCUUCGUGCAACCCCGACUCGGGCGUGUGCCGCUGCAAGGCCAACGUGGAGGGACGCCAGUGCGACCGCUGCAAACCCGGCUUCUUCAACCUGCAGCGCGACAACGAGUUCGGCUGCACCCCUUGCUUCUGCUUCGGCCACUCGGCGUUGUGCCAGAGCGCGCCCGGUUACUCGCGGUACAGCCUGAUCAGCACCUUCGCCAGAGGUGGGUCCACAAGGCAUUGGAAGGCGGCGGACCAUUCAUGGGCGCAGCGUUAACACCCCCACGAGUACGCCGCCCACCACUUGGCUGUGGUGGCACCCGGAAAAGAAGCCGUCUACUUCCUCGCACCAUACCGGUACUCGGCGACCAGCGCGCCUCGUACACAGAACCGACGUUCACUUCUGCGCAUCGGCGAGGAGGGCCCGCAGUCGUCGGUGGAGGACAUCGUACUGGAAGGGGCCCACGGCAGCGUGUCGCAGCACAUCUUCGGCCAAGGCAACGGGCUGCCGUCCAUACGCAACCUGGAGUACCGGUUCCGCCUGCACGAGGACCCGCGGUACGGCUGGAACCCGACGCUAAGCUCGCGGGAGUUCAUCAGCAUCCUCUCGAACCUGACCGCCAUCCGGAUAAGGGCCACCUACGUACCACGAGGCACGGGCUUCAUCGACAACAUCCAGCUCCAGUCUGCGCAGCGUUCCGCCUACGGCACCGAGGCCGCCACCUGGGUCGAGAUGUGCAACUGCCCCGAGGGAUACGUGGGCCAGUUCUGCGAGUCGUGCGCGCGGUUCCGGCACGACCCGCCGCGCGGCGGGAAGUUCUCGCGCUGUGUGCCCUGCAACUGCAACGGCCACGCGCUCAUCUGCGAACCGGACACCGGGCACUGCAUCUGCCAGCAUAACACGGCGGGCGAGUUUUGCGAGCGUUGCGCGCCGCGCUACUACGGCAACGCGCUGGCGGGCACCCCGGACGACUGCCAGCCGUGCCCGUGCCCCGCAGGCGCCUGCGCCGUCCUGCCCGACGAGAGCGUCGUCUGCCUCGAGUGCCCGCAGGGAUAUUCCGGGCGGAGGUGCGACCUGUGCUUCGACGGACACUACGGUGACCCACAAGGAAACUUCGGGUCCAAGGUUCCCUGCAAGAAGUGCGAGUGCAACGACAACAUCGACCCCAACGCUGUGGCCAACUGCAACACAACGACUGGCGAGUGCCUGAAGUGCGUCUACAACACCACCGGCUUCAAUUGUGAGCGCUGCCUGCCCGGACACUUCGGAGACGCGCUGUCCGUGCCCAAGGGAGACUGCAAGCCGUGCGACUGCCACCGGCUGGGCUCGAUGGAGGGCUCCGAGUGCGACCCGCGCUCGGGCCAGUGCGCCUGCAAGGCGAACGUGGCGGGCCGCCAGUGUGGCCAGUGCCGCGAGGGCUACUGGAACCUGCAGAGCGGCGACGGCUGCGAGGCCUGCAACUGCAACCUGAUCGGCUCGUACAACCGCACCUGCGACCAGCGCACGGGACACUGCCAUUGCCGGCCCGGCGUCACCGGAAAACAGUGCGACCAGUGCCUGCCGUACCACUACGGCUUCUCGCCUGACGGCUGCGUGCCGUGCGACUGCGACAGCCAGGGCUCGGUGUCGCUGCAGUGCGCCCCUGACGGCCAGUGUGAGUGUCGACCAAACGUGGAAGGUCGCCGCUGCGAGCGCUGCAAGGAGAACAAGUACAACAAGGAGGCCGGAUGCGUCGACUGUCCGACGUGCUACAACCUGGUUCAAGACGCCGUGAACGAGCACCGGGACAAGGUGGCCGAGCUGGCGCGCCUGCUGGACAACAUCGAGAAGAACCCGCAGAUCGUCAAGAGCGUCGACUUCGAGGAGAAGCUCGAGCAAGUGAUGACCAUCGUGAACGGCCUGUGGAAGGACGCCAAGCAGGCAUCGGGCACUGGCGAGAGCCUGGCCGAGCGACUGGACGAGCUCCUGCGGCGAAAGAAGGUGCAGGACAUCGCCGGCAAGAUUGGCCUCGAGAUCGCGCUGGCCGAGGACAUCGUGGAGGGCGCCGAGCGCAACAUGACCAGCGCCGAGGCGGUCGUCGAGCGCAUCAAGUCCACGCUGAUGCAGGCGCAGAAGUACCUCGAGGAUGAGGCGCAGAACGCGCUCAAGCGGGCGCUCGAGCGCUCCGACCGCUACGGCCAGCAGUCGGAGAUGAUGUCGCAGAUCGCGCGCGACGCUCGCCAGCUGGCUGACCGACACGAAAGUGACGCCCAGGAGAUCGCAAACUUGGCUGCGGAUGCUCUCAACACUUCCAUGGAGGCCCGGGCCAUCGCCGAAGGCGCGCUCAGCACGCAAGACAAGACAGAGAGCGAGAUAUACCUUCUCAAGAACAGGUACCGGGACAUCAUGGACCUCAUGCUGCGCACUAAGAAGAUGGCCGAGGAGGCCAGGGAGGAAGUGCGCAAGGCGUACGACGAUGCCCUGAGAGUCUUGUCGGAUGCCUCGUCGGUGCAGAUGCCGGAGAUCGACACCGACGAGCUUUCCCGCAAGGCACAAGAAAUCAUCGACGAGGCUGGUCGCAUCCAAAGGAAGCCGACGAGCUGCUGGCCAAGCACGCCGCCGUCCUGGAGAGGGUGGGCCGCAACGCGAGGAGGCCGAGGAUCUCCUCGCCGAGCACAACGCCAACAGCAGAUCACCGACGGACUGCUGGCUGAGGUGGACACGGCGUUCGCUAAAGCGAAGGAGGCGGCCGCCGAGGGCGAAAGGAUUCUCGAGGAAGCCCAGAACACGCUCAAGGUGCUCAGAGAGUUCGACGAGAACGUCAAAGCGAGCAAGGACAAAGCGUCGGCGGCGCUGGAACGCGUGCCGGAGAUCCAGGCGCUCAUCGAGGAGGCCGAGAACAAGACCCGGGACGCCCGGGGCGCGCUCAAGGACGCCGAGGCCGACGCCAACGCUGCCAGCGACAUCGCAAAGGAGGCGCAGAGGAUCGCCGAACAGGCGUCGAAGGACGCGAUCAAUGUGCGUGACGAAGCGGACAACGCUAAGACGUCGGCGCGCCAGUUGGGAGACGAAGCCGAGGACCUGGCGCGCAAAGUCGAGGACACUGAUGCGCGCAUGCGCCAAUUCGAGGAGCAGGCCCGUGGGGACGAGGCACUCGCUAAGGAGGCCCUGGAAAAAGCCAACGAAGCCAGGACAGGUGCGAAGCAGGCCUCGGACAAAGUCAGAGCGGCGCUGGCCACGGUCAACGAAAUCCUCAGGGCCCUAGCGAACGUGGACAGCGUGGACCCAGGCCGGCUCGACCAGCUGGAGCGACGCCUGAUGGAGGCUGAGCGCGAGGCGGAGAAGGCCAAGCUCGACGAGCGGCUGGAAGAGCUGCGCACCGCGCGCCAGCAGCAGCAGGGCUGGAUGCACGACUACGAGGCACAGAUCGAGCAGCUCAAGAGGGACGUGGCCAACGUGAAGGACAUCAGCGACUCGCUGCCCAACCGCUGCUUCCGGCGCAUCAAGCUCGAGCCCUGAGUUCAUCGGACAGGCACGCGGUGGUGCCCCCGUAUAACAGCGGGAGGAGCGGUGAAAGGAGGGACCCCAGUGGGAGAGAAGGAGAGGAGAGGAAGGAGCCAACCUUCACGAUGAAAGCGGUAGGACAGAGCUGGCGAGAACGACGACAGACUCCACCGAAGGGACGUCAUCGGGGAAAAUAGUUUGUGGCGGCGGAACGGCAUCUGGAGAGGUUCUCGAAAUGCAUUAGGGAAGAGACAUUCGUAGCGAUUCGUAUGGUCGUUUUGAAACGGACCGCAUGUGCGUUGUAUGUGUUUCUUGUCUGUUCUUUGUUUUUACUUGUUUUCACCGCAAACAAAGAAAAACAAAAGGAGCUGUCACGUACAUACGUGGACGUCAUGUCUGCGUUUAGUAUGCAUUUCUCUCUCGCCCCGGUCUAACGUAUGCAACGGAACUUGGUAGUCCAACGCUGUAGCUCCCUCCGUUAUUGUGUGUCAUUGUGACAGCUAAUAUUGGCAGUCCUCUUAGCGAGACUGCGUACGAUCGGCAUUGGGAAAUCUCGUCGUUUGGAAAAGAAAAACUGGAAAUGCGCUCUUCAUUUCAUGGUUUCUGGGGACCAAUGACGAAGGAGCUUCGUCAAGCUCUGACGCAAUGUGGGGAUACAAAGUCGAAAAGCACCACGAAGUGCAUUAUCAAGUUGGGUGUCUUUUUAUUUUCAUUUAUAAUGAGAAAAUAUCAUGAGAUAGCUGCGAAAUCGAUAAUUUUAAACCUUGUUUCUAUACGUGAACGAGGAUGCGUGCAAAAAGAGCCUAACAAUAAUCACUGCCUACUGGCAGCCUUUUACUAGGAAAACAGUGCUCAAGAUGGUUUACACCUGUAGCCUACGCCAGCGAGAAGAGAACGAGGUCCACCGCUGAUAGUCAUUGUUGGUUACCUGGUCAAGGGAGGAAUUAGCGUCAUUAUUGCCACUGAUAUAGAAAACACAAAGAAGUGUCCUUACUUAACGGAAACGGCGUUUUGGAAAGAUAGGCGCUGCCGGGCAACGAACAGGGUGGAAGGAUGCCAUAAUGAGUCAGAAAAUGAUUUUUUUCCAGAGCAUUACGUGAUCAAAGAGGUCAAGGAAGCUAACGGAUCUGGAUUAUGUUGUCCUCUUCCCUAAUAGUUUCACACUGCAGUGCUGUGAAAACGUCUUACUCUAAGCAAAAAUUAUUCGCACAUAUAAUCAACUUUCGACCAGACAGGCUACGCUCCCUGCCUCGUUCACCAAAACACCGCUUACUGAUCUGCUAUGAAUGUGGGUGGUCAAAAAGGAGUUCGUCAGUUACAUCACCUUCAAAGAUAUAUUGUAUAUCUACUUAUUUCUUAUUCCCAGGUCACAAGCAAAAAGAAAAAAAUGCAUAUAGAACAUCCCAUUUCACUCAAUCACAUGACUGUGUUUCAUAUGUGCCUUUCUCUACACUGCGGCGAACGAGCUAUUCAGGUCCGUGAGGAAUAUACAUCGUGGACGUAUUUCUGUGAAGCAAUGCCACGGACGAGGUAGCUUAGAGUCCUGUUUCUCCUAGGUAGAGCGUAUAUCGUGCCUAAAUGCUGUGUAAGCGAAAUAAACACAUCUUACCACCUGAAAGUCUUUCGUUGUUCAGUCGUCGCAAGUCGCUUAGUGAACAAUCGACGCGAACCGCGAGGCGUAUAGAGCGCGAGCUUCAGCCAGGCUCCACCCAUAGUCUCACGUGCUAGUAGUACUACCAAUCUCGAGUGGAUGCAUUUUCGCCUCAUUUCAGAAACUGCAUUUGAAGGAUUUAAGUUAUUGCAGUCGUCCUCCGCGAGAGCUGUGCAUAAUCACAUUUCAAACUAGGCUUACCCUGCACCCUGUACACGUCGUAUCCAUAUCGUGCGAGGAACGACGCUUUCCUACGACGAACUCCGCCGCGCGCAAAAAAAAAAAAAAGAGGCGCCGCUCUACAACGUGACAAGCUGCAAUAAAACCACCACUUUGUUAUUACUCUCUCCUUGGGCAGGCGAACAUCAUGUGUACAGAGUGCAAUAGUAUACUAAGAGAUUGUAGGAUGCAUCUCAUUUUCUUUGUUUGUUCUC